GAUUGUGCGUCUUUUUGGGAUGUGGAUCUUCUUUGAGUCUGAAAGUUCCUACACGUUGAGACCCAAAAAAAAGUUUUUUAACACGCUCUGAUUCGUUGGUAGUCUGAGAGAAAGAGAGAGAGAUUAAUUGAAAAGCAUUAAACAUUCUUUUUAUUUCCAUUAUCUAAAAUUGGGUGAUUCCAUUUUGCUGGCUGUAAUUAAUUCCUUUUCGGUGUCAAUUUUAUGGAUGCUUGAAUUGGAAUAAUUAUUGUAAAAGGUGAAAGGAGGGAAACCAUAAAAGGUUACGCUGGCUUUCUCAUAUAUAUCAGAGGAAAACCAAGAGAUCCCAUUAGUAUGUGAAACACUGCCACAAAUACACCAAGAACUUCAUAUGGAUUCUAGUGAAGUAGAAUCUGAACCCAAGAAGGUUGACGAUGAGGAUUACUUGUCUGUGACCAUCCCAGAGACCGCUCAUAAAAUUAGCACAGAUUCAUGGUUUCAAGUUGGUUUUGUCCUCACCACCGGUAUCAACAGUGCAUAUGUUCUGGGAUACUCCGGGACUAUAAUGGUACCUCUGGGUUGGAUAUGUGGCGUAGUUGGUUUACUUUUAGCCACAGCAAUAUCACUAUAUGCAAAUUCUCUUAUUGCCGACCUUCAUGAAUUUGGGGGAAAGAGGCAUAUCAGAUAUAGAGACCUUGCAGGAUUUAUAUACGGUAAAAGAGCAUAUUCUCUAACAUGGGGAUUGCAAUAUGUUAAUCUUUUCAUGAUAAACACUGGAUUUAUCAUUUUAGCUGGUCAGGCCUUGAAGGCUGUUUAUGUUCUUUUCAGGGAUGACAAUGUAAUGAAGCUUCCAUACUUCAUUGCCAUAGCUGGGUUUGUAUGUGCAUUAUUUGCCGUAGGAAUACCUCACUUGUCAGCUUUAAGGAUUUGGUUGGGAUUUUCAACAUUUUUCAGCCUAGUAUAUAUCAUUACAGCAGUUGUGCUGUCACUUAAAGAUGGAAUAAAAGCAACAGCCAGGGAUUAUGACAUCCCAGGAACAAAAACAAGCAAAAUCUUUACAACAAUAGGAGCAGCUGCAAAUCUCGUUUUUGCAUUUAAUACAGGAAUGCUUCCAGAGAUACAGGCAACAAUAAGAAAGCCUGUUGUUGGGAACAUGCUAAAAGCUCUAUACUUUCAGUUUACAGUUGGUGUUUUACCAAUGUAUGCUGUUACUUUUAUGGGUUAUUGGGCUUAUGGAUCUUCUACAUCAUCCUACUUGCUCAACAGUGUUAAUGGUCCGGUUUGGGUGAAGGCAAUGGCCAAUAUUGCUGCCUUCCUGCAAACAGUCAUAGCUCUGCAUAUAUUUGCGAGUCCAAUGUACGAGUACGUGGAUACGAAGUUUGGAAUUAAAGGAAGUGCAUUAUCGUUUCACAACUUGUCGUUCAGAAUCAUGGUAAGAGGCGGCUACCUCACUAUCAAUACAUUUGUGUCAGCUCUUUUGCCAUUCCUCGGAGAUUUCAUGAGUCUCACAGGGGCUAUCAGCACAUUCCCUCUCACAUUUAUCCUUGCAAAUCACAUGUACAUGAGGGCAAAGAAGAACAAACUCAAUUCUUUUCAAAAGCUCUGGCAUUGGCUCAAUGUUUGUUUCUUUGGUUGUAUGUCAGUUGCCGCAUUAAUUGCAGCCUUGAGGCUCAUUGCAGUAGACUCUAAAACGUACGAUGUAUUUGCUGAUGUCUGAAUUUAUUAUGGAUUUCUUCAAUAAUUUAUCUCAAUUCUUAAUUCUCUUAUAAUA